AUGAGCACUUUCUUAACCUAAGGAAGUUACUCUAGCGGAUAGAAUACUGCAAAAUCAAAGCAAACUCCUUAAAAUGAUCAAUAAUUGCAGAGUUCUUUGCUCUAUGCGCCAUUUGUAAAACCAACUGAUAAGAUAAGAAAAGAUGUAGCAGAGCUUAGUUUCUCUGAUUUUCAGCCAAAGAGGUUCGCUUUGAGUUAUAAUCCUCCUGUUAUAGUGCUUGAGUAUUUGGUACCAUCAACAGGAAAGCUCUAUCACCAUAAGAUGAAACUAAGGCAGCUUAAUCAUGAGAGUGAGCCUUAAGAUAUGUUAGAUUAUCUUAAGAAGAGGCAUCCUUUGUACUUCAUGCCUAAUAAGCUGAAUCAUAAGUAGAUUGAGGAUUUGAUAAAAAAACUCAUAUUCAAAGUUAAACAACAAUAUUAGGCUACUGCUGGCAAAGAUAAAUUAACUGAUAAAACAUCAAACGUAGUAAAUAAAACUGAGACAAAACAGUCCUCAUCAUCAUUGACAGCUUUAGACAAAGCUCCAACAUUGAAGCCACAAACUUCAUCAAGUAUAGCUUAGUAAAACUUGCCCUCGAUUGGUGGAGGUGGUUCUACCUCAGCCUUCAAGUCUGGAAGCUCUUUACCAUCUAUUAGCAAUGAUGAUAAAAAGGGAACUACAAAUCUUUACGGGAAUAAAUAGAAGGAAGACUAAAAGAAAUUUGAGGAUGACUUUGGUGAUGACUUCGAAGAUGACUUUGAAGAUGAGGAAGAGGAUGGAGAUGGUGAUUUCGAUGCAAAUGAACUACUCAAUCUAACUGACUAUCAAAAUAAGAGAAAGCAAUCACAGCAAAUGUCUAGUAACACCAAUACAAAUAAGUAUAAUCCGACAGUGGGAAAAGAUGGAGCAAUUGAAAUAAGUAAUGAUGAUGAUGAAUUUGAAGAUGACGGGGAUGCUUGGGGAGACGACUGGGGUGAACCAAAACAAAAGAAAAUUGAUUUCGAUAAAUUUGAUUACUAAAAUACAAAUCUCAAUAAACUAUCCACUGAGCAGAUAGCUGCUCAUAAAAAGAAGAUGGAUGAGAAGUUCAACAAAAAUCUACUAAAACCUGGUGAUUCAGGAUUUGUCUAUGAUAAAAGAAUAGAAUUCACAAAAGGUCCCACAAAGAAAGUGGACACUAGUUGGGAUGAAGGAGAAGAUGACGUAGAUGAAUACUUUGACGAUGACUUCAUGUGA